GGAGGGAGGGAGAGGAGCUGCGUCCUUUGAAACCUGGGAAAUUUAAGGGACAUCCAUCAAUAAGGGACAGCAGUGGGAUAUGGCGCUGGGAUAAGGGACUGUCCCUCCAAAAAAGGGACGCUUGACAGCUAUGGUUCCAAGGGAUGGAUGAGUUGCAUUUUCAACUUCCUGUACUGAAAAUAUGGCAUCUGAUUUGGCAGAAGGCUGCUUCAGUUCUGGAAGAAAUGACAUCUUGUUCAUGUGUUUACCUCAGGAGCAUGCCUAUCAUUUGUUCGUUCAUUUCAAAAUGGAUGUGCCGCAAAUCCUUAAUACAAUGGGCAGGACACUGUUCCAAUGACAUGCUGGUUUGAUGUAGGCUGAGGGCAUUGCUAGGCAAGUAUACUGUUGCACUCAUAGGUAAUAAGAACCUGUUAGCUUGGCUUCAGUAACUGGUGAGCUAUUGUGUAUGGGGAUGAAUUAAAUCCAUGUAUUUGUUCAGCAUGACUUCUGGCUGAGUUUAAAUGCCAUUAAUUCUGCUCUCUCGUUUCUAAAGUUGGUUUCCCCUCUGCAUAUAUAACAAAUAAAUAAAUCUUGUCUGCCACUUUAUAAAUAAGUAGAAUGGUCUUCUUUGGAGGAAAACCAGAGUGUGGUACAGGAAUCGGCCAGACUUUGUCAUGAACAAAUGGUACUCUCAACUUUUCCAAAGUCAUUCAUAAAAUGUUUGUCUGUCUAGUGGGACCUUUGAUACAGAAGUGCAGGGCACAACAGGGCUUUUUUAAACUUCCAAUUCCAAUAUCCUGUCUGCAUGUGAUAAACAGAGUCUAGCUGGAGUAAGACAGCUUUGUAGUCAUUAUACGUCUCUGUGCAGAAGAUGGGAAUAUACCCUCUCCACACAUGCAUAAACACAAACGUGUGGAAUACUCUCCUUAGGGAGAUGUGCCUGGCACCGUCCUUCUCAAUCUUUAAGUGUCAGGCUAAGCUUUGAUUUACACAGGCUAAUUACUGUUGCCUCCUAUGGUGAUGCUGAUAUUUUAAUGGGCUGGGUGGAGCCUGUCCUUAUGAAUACACUGGUGGGUGAACAUUUCAUCUACAGUGGAACCUCGGUUGUCAAACGUAAUCCAUUUUGGAAGGCCGUUUGACUUCCGAAACGUUUGACAACCGAGGCAAUUGCCAGUCGGCAAAUUCCUUUUGAAAAAAUGAGAAACAAGGCACAUUUGAAAACGGAAGCAUUCACUUCCGGAUUGUUGGUGUUCGGGUUCCGAAUUGUUCGGCUUCCGAAGUAUUCAACAACCAAGGUUCCACCAUAUUUUGAAUUAUUAGUUGUUUUAUUUUUUUAGGGUUUUAAAUUGCUUUUAUAUGUUGUACAGUGGUACCUCGGGUUAAGAACUUAAUUCAUUCUGGAGGUCCAUUCUUAACCUGAAACUGUUCUUAACCUGAGGUACCACUUUAGCUAAUGGGGUCUCCCACUGCUGCUGCACCGCCGCCGCACGAUUUCUGUUCUCAUCCUGAAGCAAAGUUCUUAAUCCGAGGUACUAUUUCUGGGUUAGCGGAGUCUGUAACCUGAAGUGUCUGUAACCUGAAGCGUCUGUAACCCAAGGUACCACUGUAUUUUACUUUGCCAAGUAGGGUUGAAGACAUUUAUAUCGCAUAAAGCUCUAACACCAAUCAUGUUUGAUCUGUUAUGAUGGAGUCUGUUCACUGCCAGUUGUUCUAUGUGUAAAGGUCAAAAGGUAAAGAACCCCUGGAUGGUUAAGUCCAGUCAAAGGUGACUAUGGGGUUGCGGCGCUCAUCUCGCUUUUCAGGCCAAGGGAGCCGGCGUCUGUCCACAGACAGCUUUUUGGGUCAUGUGGCCAGCAGGACUAAACUGCUUCUGCCGCAAUGGGACACUGUGACAGAAACCAGAGCGCACAGAAAUGCUGUUUACCUUCCUGCUGAAAUGGUGCCUAUUUAUCUACUUGCAUUGGCAUGCUUUCGAACGGCUAGGUUGGCAGGACCUAGGGACAGAGCAAUGGGAGCUCACCCCGUUGUGGGGAUUCAAACCGUCAACCUUCCAGUUGGCAAGUCCAAGAGGUUUAGACCACAGCGCCACCUUCAAGUGAUUCUCCUUCCCUCUGCAUCUGCUUGUGGAGACUCCAUCACAUAAAUGUUUUUCAUUUCUUUGGAACGUAGAACUUUUCAAAUGUCUGAGUAUACAUAGCUUAACCUUUAGGUCUGGUACAGUGGCAUGCUGUUAUCUGCAUCAAAUGCUUCUAUUUUUUGCAAUAUUCAGGAGUGCAGCAACAGAAGCUGCACACCUUCCUUUAUAUUUUCUUCCUUAUCAUAAUGGCUAUUGCCUUCCUGUAUAAGAUACAAUUUUUGUCUGGAACUUUUGUAAGCUGAUAUUGCCUUAGCUGAGCACUUCAGUUAUUUAAGGUCCCUCGUGCUGUUGCAUGCAUUCCUGUCCAUACUGACAGUGCAAUCCUAUAUGUAUUUACUCUGAAAUCAGCCCUGAGUGCUCACUGGAAGGACAGAUUGUGAAGCUGAGGCUCCAAUACUUUGGCCACCUCAUGAGAAGAGAAGACUUCCUAGAAAAGACCCUGAUGUUGGGAAAGAUGGAGGGCACAAGGAGAAGGGGACGACAGAGGACGAGAUGGUUGGACAGUGUUCUUGAAGCUACCAGCAUGAGUUUGACCAAACUGCAGGAGGCAGUGGAACACAGGAGUGCCUGGCGUGCUCUGGUCCAUGGGGUCACGAAGAGUCGGACACAACUAAACGACUAAACAACAACAACAACAACAAAAGUCACACUGUAUUCUUUCACAAUUACUCCACAGUUGAGGCCUACAGCCUCAAUCCACACUAACUACAAGUUCUAUAUAUAAAUUCCAUGUAAGCUUAUAAAUAAUGAUUCUCAAAACUGAUUUGCUAACCAUGAAAUGUUUUAUUUGUAGAAAGAUUACUAGGACUCUGCGUGCAACAGCUUCAAAAUAUAUUUCCAUGCCUUUUAAAAGCUGGAUCUUAAAACAUCUGAGGAAGAGAAGGAAGAACAAACAGACUCUUUAACACUUCUAAAAUCAGAGCAAAUCCCAAGAGCCAAUUUUAAUUGAAGACAAAGAGCAAAGAUGUCCUGGGACCUCCAGAUAUCUCAUUAUUACUUUAGCAGACUGAUUUAAUAAGUGUCAAGUAAAAUCUCUCUAUUUUAUCUCUUUAAAAAGUCUUGCACACAGGAGAUCUCAAAUCAGUCGGCCU